GACUAAUUCUCCAGUAAAGCAAUAAUCUUUGAGAGAUCAAACCAAACAAGACAGCUCUUCAUUCAUGAUCAAGGACGACGAGAGUAUGCAAAAGAACAUUGCAGUAGAUAGCAACACCAUGAUUAGUUCCUAUCCCAAAUUAUUAUGUCUCAACUCUCACACAACCAAAUAUGGAAAACCUAACUUCCAUAAUCAACAAGUAUGUUUCGUGUUCAUGUGCAUCCGCCAUUGAUAGCGCUCGUCAUUGACUGCCAAAAUAACUUCUUUUGGAGGAGAAAGGCAGAACGGAACUUUAGGACACGUUUCCCUGCAUGUGGGGUCAAUGCCAACGACCGGAGCCUUCGCUAACUUCUAAAGUAGGGUUCCUGUCCAAUCUCUUUUGAAAAUCAGAAAUUUCGUCGUGGACUGCCUAUCUACAGUACCUCCUGAAAACAAGUAUAUAAAUGACCGAAAUCUUCUCUUCAGUCUUCGCAAUUGAAUCAAGCUCCUAGCAGGCCAAGCACAAAGUUGUUAGCAAAUUUGUAUCCUAAGUUUGCUAUUAUUUAUUUCCCAUUAAAACUGUGCCUAUGGCUUGCUUCAAGACCCUGGCUGUCCUGGCUUUUGCCCUUGUUCUCUGUGCGCAAGGCACUCUAGGAGAAAUAAGAUGCGAGCAUCUGGACCAAGAAACAUGUUCUUACGCAAUCUCAUCCACCGGCAAGCGCUGCGUACUUGAGAAGCACGUCAAAAGGAGCGGGGAAGAGUCAUUCACUUGCCGUACUUCCGAAAUUGAAGCUGAUAGAUUAAGAAACUGGAUCGAAACUGACCAAUGCAUCCAAGCAUGCGGUCUCGACAGAAAAUCACUGGGAAUCUCAUCCGAUUCUCUCCUCGAGUCUCGCUUCACACAGCAACUCUGCUCUCCUCAAUGCUACGAUAGCUGCCCCAACAUUAUCGAUCUUUACUUCAAUCUUGCGGCUGGAGAAGGUGUGUUUCUUCCCAAACUCUGCGAGGCACAAGAGGGAAAUGCUCGUAGAGGAUUACUGGCUGAUAUCCGGAGCUCAGGUCUCGUUGCACCAGGACCAAUUCAACCAAUGAAAUACACUAUUGCCCCAAUAGUUGCCCCAGCAAUGGCCCCAAUAGUUGCCCCAGCAAUGGCACCCUAUUAGUCAAUUCUUGGCAAUGAAAACACACAGAAUCAAAACAUAGGUGUGAAAUUAGAUACAAGUAUACAUACGAAUUAAUAAUGAAGUAGCACUGAGAUUUUAGUAGCCGGCCGGCUCGGUUGCUCCAUCUGGAUGCAAGUAUAUGCUGGUUCUGCUAUUUGAAUCAACAAGGUGUUACUGUAGGUAGUUUAAUUUAGACGGGUUAAUUAGUAUCGCCAUAGUCGGUUUCUUCUAUUUGAAUGGAGUACAGAUAUACUGGAAUCAGACAAUAAAGAUAUUGUAUUUCAUAAUUUAAUUUUCCAAAUAAAUAAUGUGAUGUGUUACGAAUUUCUUUA